UUAGCGUUCCAUAUGUAUACGUACCUUACGAAAGAAAUUUGAAGCCAGCCGAUCGUCCGAUAAGAACACCACCAGAUGAUAAUUUUUUAAAAUGGCUUUUGAUGUUGGAAAUGAUUUUCUAAAUAAGCAGCUAUGCCAGUGGCUUGAAUGGGAUAAGAAUGAGAAAACAAGAAAGGAAAUUUUGGAUCUGGCUGAGUGCAAGAAUACAGAUGAACUCCACAAGCUCUUCGAUAAAAGGAUAGCUUUUGGCACUGCUGGAUUGCGGGCUGCCAUGGGUGCUGGAUUCUCCAGAAUGAAUGAUCUAACCAUCAUUCAGACUACACAGGGCUUAGUAAAACAUCUACUGGAGGCUAUUCCUGAUGGCUCAAGUCGUGGAGUCGUAGUUGGCUUUGAUUCUAGGUACAACAGUCCACGAUAUGCUGAAUUGGCAGCUUCAAUCUUGCUGAGAGAGGGGGUCAAAGUUUACUUGUUCUCAGCUAUUGUACCCACGCCAUAUGUGCCUUAUACAGUAAGGAAAUACAAGUGUGCAGCAGGUAUAAUGGUCACAGCAUCCCACAAUCCCAAGGAUGACAACGGCUACAAGGUUUACUGGCAAAAUGGUGCACAGAUUACAUCACCAACUGAUAAAAACAUAGCCACGCAGAUAGAGGCAAACCUGGAACCUUGGCAAAGUUCAUGGGACACUUCCAUCAUUUCAACAAGCCCUUUACUGCAGCAUCCCUUAGAUGAGAUAAACAAUUUGUAUAUGCUUGAUGUUCAGAAGUAUUGCAUUUACAGGGAUAUUAAUAAAUCAUCACAGGUACGAUUCACAUACACACCAAUGCAUGGAGUAGGUCUUCAGUAUGCGCAGAGGGCAUUCAAAGCAUUUGACCUUUCACCUUUCGUUGCAGUCAAAGAGCAG